AUGGGCGAACGCCAUGGCGGCAUUGAGGAGGUGGACGGGCGCGAUGUGGAAGGGCAUCAGCCAAAGGAGCAGGAGCAGCAGACGGAUAAGGGUCUGCUGGAAGAGCAGCACCAGCAGGAAAUGGGAGUCCCUGAUUCCACCGACGCACACGCAGGCGACAGCGUGGCAGCGCAGCACGGGUUCGCGUACAGCGUGGAGCAGCUGGUGAAUCUCAGCUCCAACGCUAACCUCGACGACCUGCAGCGCAUGGGAGGGGUGAGGGGUCUAAGCGCGGGUCUGGCCGUGGAUCUCGAACUGGGGAUCAACGGUGACGAUGCAGAAGACCUCCAGCGCCGGGUCGAGGCGUAUGGAGCCAACACCUACCCCAAGAAGCCCCUCCCUCCCUUCUUCUGGUUCGUGUGGCAGGCGUCGCAGGACCCUAUCCUUAUCAUCCUCAUGGUCUGCGCUGCGCUCUCCCUCUUCUUCGGCAUGAUCGCCGAGGGAGCGCACGAGGGGUGGCACGAGGGCGUGGCUAUCUGCAUCGCCGUUCUCAUCGUCGUCACCGUCACUGCUGUCACGGACUAUCGGCAGGCGCUGCAGUUCCAAGGGCUGGACGCAGAGAAGGAGGAUAUUCAGCUCAAGGUGAUCAGAGGAGGCCGCAGCCAGGCGGCAUCAAUAUUCGACCUGGUGGUGGGGGACAUAGUGCCGCUCGCCAUAGGCGACCAGGUGCCAGGCGAUGGGGUCUUCAUCUCAGGCCACUCGCUCACCAUCGACGAGUCAUACAUGACCGGCGAGAGCGACCCCAUGCACAAGGAUGCGUACCGGCCAUUUCUCAUGUCGGGGUGCAAGGUGGUGGACGGCUAUGGCACCAUGCUCGUGACAGCAGUGGGCAUCAACACGGAGUGGGGGCGCAUCAUGGCCACAGUCAACAAGGAUGACGAGUCCGUCACACCACUGCAGGCGCGCCUCUCCAGCCUGGCGAAGGCAAUCGGGAAGGUGGGGGUGACGGUGGCGGUGUGUGUGCUCAUCUUCCUGGUGGUGCGCUACUUCACCGACUACUACAGCGGGCAGAGCUUCGUGGAUGUCAUCAAGGACCUCGUGGACGAGAUCGCCAUUGCUGUUUCCAUUGUCGUCGUUGCCAUUCCCGAGGGGCUGCCCCUCGCCGUCACCCUCACGCUGGCCUACUCAAUGCGGCAGAUGAUGAACGAUAAGGCGCUGGUGCGCAACAUGGCGGCGUGUGAGACCAUGGGUUCGGCCACUGCCAUCUGCAGUGACAAGACCGGCACUCUCACUCUCAACCAGAUGACGGUGGUGCGGGAGUGGCAAGGAGGGGAGCUGCACAAGCCUGAUGCAAUCAACAACUUCGACCCCUCCUCGCCUCUCCUUCAGGUUAUUCUGGAGGGUGUGGCGCAGAACAGCACAGGAACAGUCUUCAUCCCUGAGAACGGGGGCGAAGCGGAGGUAUCUGCAAGCCCUACAGAGACCGCCAUCAUCCAGUGGGCGCUCGCUUUGGGCAUGGACUACAACGGGCUGCGCCACUCCUCAGACAUCAUUUCAGUAGAAGCAUUCAACUCCACCAAGAAGCGCGCGGGCGUGGCAGUGAAGCGCGCUGGUGGCGACGUGGUGGUGCACUGGAAGGGCGCAGCGGAGAUGGUGCUAGCUAAUUGCACCCACUGGAUGGACGCACAGGGCAAUGCUGUCGCCUUCACUCACGACAAGCUCGAGGCAGUGCAAGCAUCAAUAGCCGCCAUGGCAGCAUCGUCCCUGCGCUGCAUCGCCCUCGCAUCAGCCCCCGUGCCCUCCACAUCUGUGCCAGACGACACCGAGUCCUGGCAGUUCCCAGACACCUCCCUCUCUCUGCUCGCCAUCGUCGGAAUCAAGGACCCCUGCCGCCCAGGCGUGCCGGAGGCGGUGGCUCGGUGCCAGAAGGCGGGGGUGAAAGUGCGCAUGGUGACGGGGGAUAAUGUGCUCACGGCGCAGGCCAUUGCACGCGAGUGCGGGAUUCUCACGCCUGAUGGGAUUGUGAUUGAAGGGAAGGACUUUCGCGUGCUGCCAUUGGAUCGCAUGAUGGAGAUCAUCCCCACCAUUGAUGUGAUGGCGCGGUCGUCCCCCACGGACAAGCAUCUGCUGGUGUCGCUGCUGCAGCGCAUGGGCGAGGUGGUGGCCGUCACAGGCGACGGCACCAACGACGCGCCUGCGCUCUAUGAGGCGGACAUCGGUCUCUCCAUGGGGCUAUCCGGCACAGAAGUAGCCAAGGAGAGCUCCGACAUUGUCAUUCUGGACGACAACUUUGCGUCCAUCGUGCGCGUGGUGCGGUGGGGGCGCUCGGUCUUCGCGAGCAUUCAGAAGUACAUCCAGUUCCAGCUCACUGUCAACAUCUGCGCGCUUACUCUCAACUUCAUCACCGCUCUCACUGACGGCUCCGUGCCGCUCACCACCGUGCAGCUGCUGUGGGUGAAUCUCAUCAUGAACACGCUGGGAGCGCUGGCUCUCGCCACAGAGCCGCCCACCUCCGACCUACUAGAGCAGCCGCCCGUAGGCAGAACUGCGCCGCUCAUUACCAACAUCAUGUGGCGCAACAUCUUUACCCAGGCAGCCUUCCAGCUGACAGUGCUACUGGUGUUUAACUAUGGGGGCAUUUCUCUGCUGGGCAUUGGAGGCGUGUCCAAUCCCAAGCAGCUUAACAACACAAUCAUCUUCAACACCUUUGUUUUCUGCCAGCUGUUCAACGAGAUCAACGCGCGGCGCCCCAACAAGUUCAAUGUGUUUGAGCGCCUGCACAGGAGCCCCAUCUUCAUUGCCGUGCUCUGCUUCUCCGUCACCUUCCAAGCACUCGUGGUGGAGGUCUUCCAGUCCUUCGCCGGCACCACCUCGCUCUCCUGGAACCAGUGGCUGCUCUGCGUUGGCAUCGGCGCCAUCAGCCUCCCCUUGGCCUUUGUGGCCAAGUUCAUCCCGGUGUCAGAGGUGCCUCUCUUUGACUGCUUCAAGCGCCUGCGCACGAAGCGCAGGAAGUCCUCGCGCCAUCUCAUAACCAUUCAGGAGCUGCAGGCCUCCGCCAUCAGUGGUGCCGCUGCUGCCACUGGCACCCGUGCUGCUGCCUCGUCCACCCCUGCUGCCGCUGAGGAGAACGAUGGGGGAAACGCUGAAACUGUUUCAGGAGAGACUGGUGUUGCAGCUCCAGUGGACAAAGCUGUUUCUGCACCAUCGGUAGCAGCAGCAGCAGCAGAAGAUGGAACAGGUGGGGCUUCUGUGCCCCCAACAGCGUCCUCCUGA